CGAGGGAUGAAAUUACUCUCGAUUAAAUGAAAACCUGAACACGAAGGAGGAAGCCAUUAAAAUUUCUCAGUGCUGAUGUCACUAGACGCUUUCAAAGAGGCACUCAAGCCCUGCAAAACAAGGUUAUCGUCCUCCGUUUCACAUUCUUCUGCACAGCAAUUCGAUACCUCAACUACAACAAGAAAGCCUCCUAAAUCCUCCAUCUCUCGGCAGAUUUUGGGCCUUGAGGAUGAAAAUUUUGUCGACCACCUAAUAAGCUCAAAAGAAGGGAUCAAUUCCAAUCGUGGAAGUGAACAAGAAGGUGACAAUAAUGAUGGGAAGGAGGAUAAAAAGGAGAAAAAUAGAGUAAGGGAGAUCAGGUUAGAGCCUUUUGAUCACACCGGACCAUAUGAGCCUCUUCUUCUGUCUUUGCCAGGCGAACUUCCUGCCGUGCAGGUUCCUGCUUCUAUAAAUAGUAGACUUUUGGAACAUCAACGUGACGGGGUAAAGUUCUUGUAUAAAUUGUAUAGGAACAACCACGGAGGAGUUCUAGGUGAUGACAUGGGGUUGGGUAAGACCAUUCAGGCAAUUGCUUUCUUGGCCGCUGUGUAUUCAAAGGAUUCUGAGAAGCACAUAAAUCCUCACAGGGGAGAGCAAGUAAACAAGAAGGGGCCUGUACUAAUCAUUUGUCCAAGCUCUGUCAUUCUUAACUGGGAAAGUGAAUUUUCCAAAUGGUCCACGUUUAGCGUUUCUGUUUACCAUGGCGCGAAUCGCGAUUUAAUACUUGACAAACUAACAGCAGAUGGUGUUGAGAUUCUUAUAACUAGCUUUGACACAUAUAGAUUACAAGGUAGCACUUUGUCAGACAUUCGGUGGGAAAUUGUGAUUGUUGAUGAGGCACAUAGACUUAAGAAUGAGAAAUCAAAACUUUAUACGGAAUGUUUGAAGAUCAGAACCCUUAAGCGGUAUGGUCUAACAGGGACAGUAAUGCAGAACAAGAUAAUGGAGUUAUUUAAUCUAUUUGACUGGGUGGUACCUGGUGGACUUGGAACCAGAGAACAUUUUCGUGAAUUUUAUGACGAACCUCUGAAGCAUGGUCAGAGAUCAAGUGCCCCACAACGAUUUGUUAAAAUUGCUGAAGAACGAAAACAGCAUUUAGUGUCAGUUUUACAGAGCUAUAUGCUUAGAAGAACAAAAGAGGAAACAAUAGGUCAUCUUUUGUUGGGAAAGGAAGAUAAUGUUGUAUUUUGUGCCAUGAGUGAGUUACAAAAGCGAGUUUAUCAGAGGACGCUGCAGCUGCCCGACAUCCAAUGCCUUGUCAACAAGGACUGUUCGUGUACUUGUGGAAGCCCUCUCAAACAAGUUGAAUGUUGCAAAAGAACUGUUCCAAAUGGUAUCAUCUGGCCUUAUCUACACAGGGACCAGCCAGAAGGGUGUGACUCUUGCCCUUUCUGCCUUGUUCUCCCUUGUUUAGUCAAGCUCCAGCAGGUAAGUAACCAUCUGGAGCUUAUCAAGCCUAACCCGAAGGAUGAUCCUGAGAAGCAAAGAAAGGAUGCUGAAUUUGCUUCUGCUGUAUUUGGUACCGAUAUUGAUCUAGUUGGUGGUACUGCCCAGAAUGACAGUUUCAUGGGUGUUAGUGAUGUUAGACAUUGUGGAAAAAUGAGAGCUUUGGAGAAGUUGAUGUGUUCUUGGAUUUCUGUGGGCGACAAGAUACUUCUGUUCAGUUAUUCAGUGAGGAUGCUGGAUAUACUCGAGAAGUUUAUUAUACGUAAAGGCUAUAGCUUCUCGAGGCUUGAUGGUUCGACUCCGACUAGUGUGCGUCAGUCACUCGUGGAUGACUUUAACUCAAGUCCAAGUAAACAGGUUUUCCUCAUUUCUACUCGAGCUGGUGGGCUUGGGCUAAAUCUCGUGAGUGCAAACCGGGUAGUAAUAUUCGACCCAAACUGGAAUCCUGCUCAAGAUUUGCAGGCUCAAGAUCGGUCUUUUCGUUAUGGUCAGAAGCGGCACGUAACUGUUUUUCGUCUUCUUGCAGCAGGUUCUCUCGAGGAACUUGUUUACUCUAGGCAGGUAUACAAGCAACAGCUGUCAAAUAUUGCUGUUGCUGGCAAAAUGGAAAAGCGAUAUUUUGAAGGUGUACAGGAUUGCAAGGAGUUCCAAGGCGAGUUGUUUGGUAUCUGCAAUUUGUUCCGUGAUCUUUCCAAUGAGCUCUUCACUAGUGAGAUUGUAGAAUUUCAUGAAAAGAUACAAGGGGAAGAACCCACUAUCAACAAUAGUACAAGCAUCAACUCCACUGAAGUAGGAGUUGAUUUUGAUCUUGGUACAAAGAGUUCAGUAGGUUCUGAAACUAACGAGCCUACUAAAGAUAAGCGAAAGACAAGAACAAACACAACUCUGGAAGAUCUUGGUGCUGUAUACGCACACCGAAAUGAAGAUAUUGUUAAUGCUGGAAGUGGGGCCGUGGUUCAGGGGAAAGCGAGAGCAGUUUUGAAAGAAGAUGUGAAUUUGACGCAAAAGAUUCAAAUAGAUCUUGUUCCAGAGGAAACAAAAGAUUCCCAUUCAUCUCAAAUUUGCAAGAGAAGGAAAAGUGAGGACUGUAGCUUUCUUGCUAUGUUAAUGGAUCUUGUCUGCUUUCAUAGUUCUGGUUUUGUAGUAGAAAGUAGCAAGAUGCAGAGAAGCACAGGGCAGGCGGCAUGCGCAUCGUGCAAGCACCAACGCAAGAAGUGCACGAGAAAGUGCAUGCUGGCGCCCUUUUUCCCAGCAGAGAAGGUGCGCGAGUUCGAGGCAGUGCAGAAGGUGUUUGGCGUCAGCAACGUGAGCAAGAUGAUAAGGAGGGUGAAAGAGGAGGAGAGGAAGGUGGCCGUGGAGUCGCUUGUGUGGGAGGCUUUGUGCCGCCACAAAGAUCCGGUGUUGGGGCCUUAUGGAGACUACCGACGUGUGUGUGAGGAGCUCAGGCUGUACAAGGCCCUCUGUGUGUGCGUGUGUCCGCCAUCACAACCUCUAUAUAGUCAUAAUAAUAAUUUUAUUGUCAACACUGGCGAUGUGGAUGCCAAUAGGUUUCAUGGACGUGAUGACACAGUUAACAAUAAUAGUGUUGUGGUGGAUUAUUACUCGUAUCGGUAUUCUGAUGGAGAGAAUGCUUCUGCUCUAAUUCCGCCUUCUCACCAUUUAGGGAAUGGUUACAUUCUCACAGGUACCUAA